UUUUAAAAAACAAAAGAAAAAAUAAUAAAAAAUUGAAUUUAAAAUUUAUGCCUAAAUUUGCAUAAUUCGAUAUUAUUUUGAUUUUCGUGAGUGUUUUGACAAAAAUCGUUAAAUUAUUUUUGAAUGUGAAUGUCUCCAGAAUACACAAGCUUCCAGAGUUUCAAAUAACACUUGGAUAACAACUGAUUAUAUUUGGGUUUAUUUUACUACGUUUUUGUUUCUUAUUUAUGCCCAUUUUGUGUCCACCUUUUCACUUUUGCUUCAAUACGACACUUUAGUAAAAUAAUCUAAAAGUUUACUUCAUCAUCAUCAUUUCACUCACAUUCCACAUAACAACGAGGAAAGGAUUGAUAAUUCCAAACAGCCAGCAUUCUACUAAAAAGGAAUAUUUAAAAAAAAGUUAGCUAAAGAUUAUGGACUUAUAGUGUUUACUGAAACCUUAAAAAACAAGAACAACAACAAAACAAUCCACACCACAAUGUCCUCGUCCAUUUGUACACAUUUUUCGCAAAAUGCGUGGAAAAAAGAUUUAUGCUCGAAUUGUUUUAAAUCAAAAGAUGAACAUAAACAAGCUGCCGCCAUGGCAGCCUCAUCCAAAUACAAAUCACUCUCCACAUCUUUAGCGCAAUCAACAUCAGCAACUAGUUUAAGUACGAAAACUGGCGGCAGCGAUAGCCACAAGACUGAUUAUCCGAAUAAAAAUAAACGACCGACUAAGAGUAUUAUAAAGAAGUCGGCAACCAAUACAGCCAGCAAGUCCAAACAUAAGUCAAAAGUUAGUUUUCCCAAAAAUCUAUCGGAAGUUAUAGGUUAUGGUGGUGAGUGGUCAGAUGAUUCGGAUGAUGAUCAUGAUUUUAUGAAUUUGGCCAAUGAUAGAGAUGAUGACAAGGCUUUGGGUACGGAUGAUGAGGAAUCAUUGGAGCUGAAACGUUUAACCAGAGCCAAUACAGAUUUUAAUAUGAAUAAUGGCAAUUUAUUGGGUGAUGCCCAGGAGAAUAUUAAAAAAUCCUUUGCUGCCUUAAAAUUGGGUGCUCCUCAGGUGGAUAAGGAGGGCAAGAAACAAACUUUGCAAAUAAAUGUUAUACCUUUUGGCUGUACGGGAGAAAUGAAGGAAAUUACCAAAUCUCCUGUUUUGUCAACUCAAAUAACUUCGUCUGCUUCCACAGUUAAAGCUAAAUUUGAAACUAAAUCGACGGAAGUUAAAACUGAAAAGUCCUCAUUAACAGGUGCGAUUAAGAAAACUACCACUACUACAACAUCCAGCUCCUCCUCCUCAAGUUCUCUAACCUCUUCCUCCUCAUGUUUAAAACCCUCUCCCGACUCACUACCCUCACUAGAAAGUGACGGCAAAAACAGUCCGCCCAUAGAAAGAGCCAUGGAAAAAUCCUUGCUUGAUGAAAUAUCCGAGACUUUGGAAAAAAAUCAAAAUGAAAAAUUGGCUUCAGAGUCCAAAACUUCAGCCACUACUUCGUCUUCAGCAUCAUCGUCAUCGACGAUAGCCACCAAUUCUAAAAUUAAAUUUGAAAUAGGUACUUUAACCGAGUCCCUCGAUAAUAAGACAUUUCUCGACCUUAAGAAACCGAUCGUUCGUCAUUCACCCAUUACCAAAGACCAGAUCAAACCCAAAGUAAAUGUUUUCCACAAAUACUCUGACAGCGAUAGCAAUUGCUCAGAUUCGGAAAAUGGUGUCUCCGCCUAUUAUGAUGUUGUGGAAACUUCACAAACCUACGAAAAUCUGCCAGAUGGUAAAUAUGAAAUUAAAGAGCCUUGCAAACAAUCCAACGGUAAGGCUGAGCAAAAGGAACAAUCCAGUAUCUUUUCUAGUUCCCAAUACAUAACCGAUAUGCUUUUGUCGUCUAAAACACGAGCCGCUUCUUAUAAUUUACAUGAGGGCAAUUUUAUGACCAGUAAAAUAACCCCUGAUGGCUUGAUUGUCACCAAAUGCAGCUCCGAUGAUGCUUUGGAUUCUACUGCCAGUAGUUUUGAUGGCAGCAGUGAUGAGGAAACUUCUUACAAUAUGAUUCGCAGUGAAUCGGAUUCGGGCAUUGGCAUUAGUAUAGGCCAUGAUUAUAAGAAUAUUAAUAUUUCAGAAAAAGAAAGAGAUAGACUUCGCGUAGAGAAAAAACUAAGUGCCAGUACGAAUAACUCAGAUUAUGAGGACAUACAAGUAACCGAUUCAAAACCCAUGUUACCACUUAAAGAGGUAAAGAGUGCUCUUAAUGAUAAACCCACUUUCAGCAUGGAAAAGUCACGUGAGCUGCAUGGCGAACCAGAUGGUAGUGCAGAUCCUGAUGGUAGCUUAGAGAACCAAGAUUUCCAACAACUGCCAGAAUUACCAAAAUCUCCACCUCCCACUUCUAAGGUCAUAGAUGCAAGACCCUCUUUCUUGCAUGGCUUGCAGAAGCAACAUCCUCCGGUUUUGCUAAAGAAACCCGAUCUGCCCGCUAAACCCUUAGUGUCUCCCCUGCAAACUCCCAUGAAAACAUUUAUGAGUAAAAGACCUACAGCCCCUACAACAGCAACAACAAUGACAACUACUGAACAACAUCAACAGCAGCAAGUAAUAUCGCAGCUACAAAUGGUAAUGUCGAAAUCUUCAGAAUGUUUAGACAAUGAUUCAUUGAAAGAUGACGCCAAGCUAAAAAAGGGAAAAGCACCAAAUCCACCUAUGGAAACAAAAACCAGCGCACCACCUACACCUGAAAGAGACUACAACAUUGAUGUUGAAUUUGAUGAGCAAACCAAGAAAGAAACGCAAACUCAAAUGCAAAUGCCAACACCAGCAUCACAAGCGUCAACAACAGCUGAAACACAAGCUGUAAAUCUAAACAAAAAUGAUGAAGACAUUAAAUACAAAACAGAAUCCGAUAAUACUACAACAUCAUCAUCAGCUUCAUCGGCAGAAUCAUCAGCUUCUACGGAAACCAACUGCUCAACAGCCUCAAACUCUUCCUCAUCUUCUUCGUCUACCAUAUACACAAGGAAAAUUGUGUCCAAUAGCGGUACGGUUGGCAAGAAUUCAGCUGCUGCUAUUAUUAAGGAAAAAGAUAAACGCGAGAGAGCCACCAUUAAUCCCAAAUUUCGCAGUCUCAACACAUUUGUCACGCAACGCAGCAAUGCCAUUAAGAAUUUGCAAUUACAGAAUGCUGUGCCCUCAUUAAAUCUCAAACAAUCCAUGACACCCGAACCCACACCCAGAAAUCCCAAAAAUCUUUCGCUAUCAGAGGAAAAUUUAGCAGAGGCUUCCUGCAGCAAAACGGUAACUACAUCCAUGUCUAUAACCAAUCUAAAUGCAGCCUCUCACAGUGAUAAGAAAACAGCUGCUAUGGGUAAAACAAAAACCAAGUUUUCUAUUAAGAAAUUUCUGCGCAUGGGCACCAACAAAACCACAGAGAAUUUAACCAAGCAAAAGGAAAGCAUUUAUUCGGAAAUUUGUACUGGCGAAGAUGCCGGUGUAUCGGGUAAGCCACGUUUAGUCAUUAUACAUCCCAUAGACAUUAAUACCACCGCAGUCGAGGUGGUCAAGGAUAUAACAAAAACCAAUGAAUCAGUUACAGCCCAAACUGUGGCCGUUGUUACCGCCAAACCACCCGCUCCCCCCUUACGAUCACUAGACAGUCAACGUAGUCAUGAGGUUAAUAAACCCGCUAGACCACCACCACCCAAAAGUGCUGAGCUAAGAAGAAAACAACAAAUCUCUUUGGCCACCACGAAUACUACUACUACUACUGCCAGUAACAACAGCAGCUCAUCUGCGGCAAAUCCGAGCUAUGUUAACCAUAAUGUUAUUUCGUCUGCAACAACAGCAAACAAUUUGAAAAUGUUGACUUCCUCACCAAAACUUACGCCAGCAAAUAACGUCCGUAUAAUGGGAGAACAAAGCGGUUCGAUUAAAAGCAAGUCUGACAAUGUUUAUGCCAAUUUAGGCGAAAUUCGCUCAUCAAUAGCGCCACGUAAACCAGAACGUACAGCCAGUAUGCGUGAACGUGAGGCACAAUUGGAAUUGGCACGUAAACGACAUAUGGGUGGAAAUCAGCAACAACAGCAGCAUAAUCAUCAGCAACAACAACAACUAAUUAACAAGGAAAACGGUGAUACUAUCUCGAUUUGCUCGUCAAAUGGUGAAAAUGUAUCAACGGAACAACAACAUUCCACAAAUUCCACAACUUCUAUGACAGCAACAACAACAACAAAAAAUUUAACAAAUUUUAAAAGUUCACAAUUAAGCUCCAAUUCUAUGCGUUUAGAAGGUAAACCACCAACUGGCAGUCGUACCAGUACAUUUGAACGCAAGAAAAACGAAGCCAAACCCAAUAUGUCCAACAAAUUGGAAAUUUUCGAAAAUACUUCCACAAACAAUGGAUCAAAUGGCUCUAGCAGCGAGACAAGACCCAGCAGUUUAAAGGAUUCGGUGCGUAAGAUAAAUAGUACCAUUGAUAGUUAUUUGAAAGAUAAACGUGACUAUGAAAAUAUGUAUGAAUUUGUUAAAUCACCGCAAUCACCACCACCGCCCCCAGCCCGUUCGGCUGAUGUGCAAGCGGGCCAGCAGAGACUCAUGCAGUCGAGAAGAAAUAAUUUGCAAUUGGACAAUAUAUCGGUAGCUAGUUAUACAAGAAGUGAAUAUGGACCUGCUAGAAAUUUUGGUCUUAAUAACAGUUUGGCAAACAUUCCACGCAUGAUAUCAAAUUCGUAUUGCGGCAGCGAAAUGGGUGAUUUGGAUAUUUAUUCACCUUAUAGUUAUUAUGGUAGCGAAACCGGUGGCGAUAUUGUUACAGGCGAUAUCAAUGAUAGUGUUUGGGGUAUACCAUCGGCCAUUAAAAAUCGCGCCAAAACUACUAACCGUUUACGCAUGCGCAAGGGACGCAGUGUGGUCCAUAAAACUAUAGAAGAUAAUUAUUCCGCUGUUGUGGGUGCUAAUCAUGAAGCUUUAGCACAAGUUUUAGAACAGCUGCAACAAACCCCCGUUAUACCACCCGCUUUAAGACCUUUAGCCAAUGCCAUUAAUUUGCGCUUCGAAGAUUUCACCAUACUAGAGGGUGCUCAGGCAUUUGUGGUGGGUAAGAAGGCCUUCCAUGCUGCUAUAUGGACCACUGCUCCCGUUACCCUGGCCCUCUCCGCCGAUUGUAAUCAACUGGCUGGUGUAGGCGGCGAACUUAAUCAAUUAUCGGGCGGAGUAUCGGGUGCUCUAAAUCCCAUUACGGAAUUUUGUGAUGUAGUGCCCUGCUAUCAUUUGCCAUUAAUGCCAACCACAGAAAUGACUCUAUUGCAAGCCACUAUAUCGGUAUUGCCACGCCUACAAUUGGACACUUUGCAAUCGAUUGGCGCCAUAUUGAAGGGUAAAUCUCAAGUCUUAGAUAAAAGUAAUUUCAAUUUCCGUGGUUCCAUACCCAAUCUGAAUAUUUUAAAAGAUGCCAAUGGUGUUAAUAACAUGAGAAAUGGCAUGUCGGUGCAGAAUUUAAGUACCCUAAAUGAAGAAUCAACUGAUAAGGUCUAUACGGGAGAUGGCGAAGCGGUUAGCAGCUCAAAUGGUAUACCAGCUUUUGAUGAUGUCAUGACACGUGAAGUGGCCUUCAUUAUGUUGCAAUUGAUAAAUGGCAUGAAGAAUUUGCAAGUUAAAGCAGUAGAAGAAAUGCCUUUAAGUCUAUCGAAUGUGGUGCUUUCCAAGGAAUACGAUAACAAGGAUGCCCAGGCCCGUUUAUGUGUAUUGCAGGGCAAUAAUAACGAUGAGGAUGAACCCAUGGGUACCUUGUGCAAAUGCGCCCAUGUGGCCUUAACCGAAAUGUUGCCCAGCACUAAAAUUACACCCAUUUUAGCAGACAUUUUGCUGCAAGAAAGAUCAGAAUCACUUUCAAAAUCGAAAUCUGUUUUAGAAUUCAUCUUAUGGGGCCCCUCUGAUGUGGCCUUAACCGGUUCGGUUAAAGAGCGAGAAACUGCUUUACAAAGAUGGUUAGAUCUGGAACGUGCCACAGUGCUACAUGGUCUGGUGCGCACUCGCGUAGAACUAACGGUAUACGAUGAAUGUCAUUUAAUGUUUUUAGUACGUUCAACGGCUAAAAUAAUGAAUGAUGCCGCCAAAAUUAUAAAUAAUUAUCAAGAACAACAGCAGCAGCAACAACAACAACAUACGAACAAACAACAGGAUUAAGAAAAUUAAUAACAAAUAAAAUUUCAUUUCAUUUGUCGCUUCAAAAGGCUUUUAAACAUUUUCUAUAAUAUUUAAUUAUAUUAAUUUGUUUUUUAUUUUUUCUUGUUAAUU